UCCAACUCAGUGUCAGAGUACAUAAGGCUGUGAUUGGCCCACAGCUGCAGCUCUGGGACGGGCAACAAGUCUCCGCUCUGUGCUCACUGGAAAAGUCACUUGGUGGACGAAGCGGACUACUGAAGAGGAUUGGACUGAGUGUUUUUUUUUUUACAUUUUUUUUUUUUAAAUAAAUGAUAACAAAUGGGACUUUUGUUGUGAUUCCGGUUUUUUUGUUACCGACGUUUGAAUCCGUUAUUUUAUCCCAGAGGCGAGCGCGUGCUGGUCCGUUAGAGGUCGGUUGAACAGUCGACCACUGACACUUUUGAUUCAUGGACUCAACACGGACUUUAGCUGAAAGCAUUUCUGUCAAGAUUGACUUCAUUCAUUGAAUAUCCAGAUUAAGGGAACAUCAUGUUGUCUUUGGACAGUAUGAGCGUCCUGAAGAUUGUGCUGUUUAUCUUUGAGGCUGUUUUAUUGACCGACUGCGCAAGAGGACCUCCACGGGUGUCUGAGAAGGUGGCUCACAGACAGUCGGCCCGGCUCGGGAGCGCCAUUAAGCUGCCAUGUCCAGUGGAAGGGGACCCUCCGCCCCUUAUAAUGUGGACCAAAGACGGGCGCAACAUUCACAGCGGCUGGAUCCGUUUCCGUAUCCUCCGCAUGGGCCUAAAGAUCAAGGAAGUGGAGGCAGAUGAUACAGGGACCUACAUCUGUAAAGCAACCAACGGCUUUGGUAGCGUUAACAUCAACUAUACCCUCAUCGUCAUCGAUGACUCAGGUUCUGAUAAAACUGGACCCAGAGCAGCUGAUGGAGCAGAGUCUGAUCUAGGCACUGAUGGCUUGUCAGAAAAAUUUGUUCGUCCCCGCUUCACCCAGCCCGCUAAGAUGAGAAAAAGGGUGAUAGCUCGUCCUGUCGGCAGCUCGGUGCGGCUCAAAUGCAUGGCCAGUGGAAAUCCUCAACCGGACAUUGUGUGGCUGAAGGAUGACAGGCCACUAACGGAGCAGGAGGUCGGCGAGGGCCGUCAGAAAAAGUGGACACUGAGUCUGAAGAAUCUGACGCCAGAGCAGAGCGGCAGAUACACCUGCAGGGUCUCCAAUCGAGCGGGGGAAAUCAACGCCACAUAUAAAGUUGAGGUCAUACAGAGGACGAACUGCAAGCCUGUUUUGACGGGCACUCACCCAGUCAACACAACGGUGGACUACGGAGGCACCACGUCAUUCCAGUGCAAAGUGAGGAGUGACGUUAAGCCGGUCAUUCAGUGGCUCAAACGGGUGGAGUCUAACGAGGAAAGCCGUUAUAACUCCACCAUUGAGGUGGGGGACCACCGAUUCGUGGUGCUGCCCACGGGGGAGGUGUGGUCACGACCCGAUGGCUCCUACCUCAACAAGCUGCUCAUUACGCGUGCCAAAGAGGAAGACGCUGGCAUGUAUAUCUGCUUAGGCGCCAACACCAUGGGCUACAGCUUCCGCAGCGCCUUCCUCACUGUGCUGCCAGACAUGAAGCCUCCCAUCACGCCCAUUUUCUCACCAGCCUCCAGCUCCCUCCCCUGGCCUGUCAUCAUUGGCAUCCCCGCUGGAAUAGUGUUCAUCUUUGGCACCGUGCUGCUGUGGUUCUGCCAGAGCAGAAAACACUGCCCCCCUCCCAGCGCUCCAGCUGCUGCCGCACAGGUACUGCAGAGCUCCCACCGGCUGCCCUAUCGAGAGCGGGACAGGGGCUGUGUGGCUCCGUCGUCCAGCUCCUCCAGCCCAGAGAAAGACUGCAUGAGCUCCAUGAACUAUGAGGAGUACCUGGCACAGCAACAGCUCCUCCUCACCCAGGGGGGACCAUCGAUCCCUCCUAAAAUCUACCCCAAAAUCUACACUGACAUUCACACACACACUCACUCCCAUGUGGACGGGAAAGUACAUCAGCAUCAACACAUUCAUUUUCAGUGUUAGCCUCAGUGCCAAAUACCCCCCCCCACUGACUCCUCCAGUAUCUCAGAGGGACAAUGAGCUGUGGAACAAUGUGAACAGCAGCUCCCAACCUGGCAUUACUCUUUUAAAAAAAAAAAACUCUUCUCAUAGCUGGAGAUUGCUGGGAAGAGUGAGCGCGUGGGGAAAAACAACAAGAGGCCAGUGAUAUACACCUUGUUUUUUUACAUCCAAACUUCCAUAUUUGGUGCUUAUUUUUCUUUCUUUUUUUUUACCUGUCAGAUCUCACACCACUAAAAUCCAUGAAUCCUUGUUGUGCACUUAAUACAAAAAGGACAAGGGACUUUUUUUUUUUUUUUCCCAGUGUGUGAGUUUAAACAAAGCUAUUCAGGCCAGCUGAAAGGUCUUCCUCAGAAGUUGAAUUUUUGCAUUUUCCUACUUGAGGUGUAGCAGAAAAUGGAGGUUCGGUUUUAACUUUCACUUGUUCAGCUGUUGGGAGUGCAGAGGCUCUAUGUGUCCUGCCUGGUAAUAAAGAUGAAAAUGGUACUCAAGAUUUACAAAAGGGGGCCGGAUUUAUGCUCCUACUCAGGUAGUCCUUUUGUUUGUUAAAAAUGCAUAAUGUUCGGAAUGCUGACCACUAUCCUUUGUUACCUUUCUCCAUCCCUCCGUUCAAAGUGAUAAAGAGUAGACUGGUAAGUUUUUUAAUAGCCUUUCUAUGGCAUGCAAACCUUGCCUAAGACUGCAAGGGAUGGAUAAAGUGUGUUUCCACAUUAACUGAGUUGGUCCUCAUUAUCAUUUUAACUUUUUUGUUUUGUUUUUUUAGGUAGGUUCCCAUCAUCAGUCAGUAGCAUGUUGAGUUAAACCAACAGAGGAUACAUUUUUUUAGACCACCACCUUAUCCAACCACAGGUUAUGAAGCUGUAGUCAUUUAUAAUCAAGUUGAGUCAUGAAUAUUUAAUUUAUUUUGCUAAAAAAAUGUAUCAAAAGUUUAUUUUUCAGAGUAAGGUGUUUUACAUAUCUAUCUAAUGUUAUUAAAGUAUACUGUUGUUGUGUAUAGUACAUUUUGAGUACUUCGUCACCCAGUUUAAUCACAUUUAGUUCAUGCCAAUAUUUAGGUAUUUCUGUAUGUAAUUGGUUAUAUUUGACAAUCUUGUAUGAUGUACUCUGUUCACGGCUGAAAAACUAAAUCAUCUUAAACUGUGAUGGUUUGGUAGUUUGAUUAAAUGACCUGAAACUAAGUCGUCAAGUGCUUAAAAAAAAAAAAAAAGAGGUUCAUCUGUUCAUCACAUGAAUACUGCAUGACUGCUCGCUAACAAAGGCGUAAAAGUCCUUGUGAAUGAGAUAACGGUAACAGUGGCUGAAAACAUAAGGGCCGGGUACAGGCAGGUCAGCUUUCUUCUUUUGAGCGAGUUGAAGUGUCUGCUGAGGGUGACACAGAGGGCAGCCAGCAGAGGGACAGAAGUUGCUGGGAUGAAUGACUGAAUAGAUACCGUACAGACGGUCUCACACUGACUCUUUUUAGAUGAGUGACGGCCCCUGCAAGACUACACCGAGUGACCAGCAUCUUUUCCCUCCCCGUUUAAAGUGAAUCCACCCUCUCCACUGCCACCACCCCCCGG